AUGGCCAAAGAACGUCAGCCGCACCGACCGCGUCGAAGCUUCAGAGAGGAACCUGUCCAGGCAGGUCGAGCAAAUCGAAUCGGCGGCAGCGGAGCAGAAGGAGAAGAUGAAACUUCAAGGGAUCAAGCUGGAGGCACAGCAAGAAGGAUUGCAGAAGCAGGGCAGUGA